AUGAUCGACGCGCUCGAAGCCGCGGCGUGGGCCGUCGCCGGCGCCGCCGCCGUCGGCGCGCUGCGUCGACGCCUGCGCCGGUCCGCGAAAAAACCGGCGCUGCGACGGUUCCCAGCGACGGCGAAGUUCGACGACAUCUGGGCGGCCUACGAGCGCGACGGCGCCGUCAUCGUCGAGGACAUGCUGUCGCCGGAGACGCUGGCGAAGCUGCGGGAUGAAACGGAGGCGUCCUUCCGCGCGACGGCGCCCGGCACCGCCGCCGACGACGCGGACGUGGCCGAGUUCUGGGGCGGCAACACGAAGCGGUUCACGCGCCUCGCCGCGCGGUCGCGGACGUUUCUGGAUCGCGUCCUCGUGCAUCCGCUGCUCCUGCGCGUCGCCGACGCCGAGCUCCUGCCGCACUGCGCGCAGUACUGGAUGAACACGGGCCAGAUGAU